AUGGGUACUGGAGAUGCAGCCGAACUAGUGCCUUCCCUGGAGAGGUUUACCACAGCCUCAUGCGCUUUUGACUCUGCAGCGCGAGUUCUACAUCUCGGUACCACACCGGUCACGAACGCAUCUAGCACUACAGACCUUAACGUCGCAAUCAAAAUUACUAAUGCGUCGCACUCAAACGAUAUAACCAGCUACGCCUUAGAUCCUUCUAGGCACUCAGAGCCAAAAUUUCGACCACCCGUGCAGGAUAUGAUGCUUGUGCGAACACCUUCUCCGUCGCUGUCUUCUAACAAGAAGGGCCUUAACGACCAAGGCACAAGAGAGAGCCAUUCUGAUACGGCAAGGAUUGUAAGAAACCCAGCCCCAGACUUUCCUCUUCCAGGGACUCAAGUCAGCAAGACACCUACAAGUAUGGAUCCACUGAACAGAAUUCAAGACCACAUCGCCUUAAAGGUCAACCAGGCCGAAGCCGCAGAGAGAUCAGCGCAAGACCAGCUCCAGCAAAGUUCAUGCCACCUCAAGAAAGCAAAAGAAGACGCCCAGGCCCUGCAAUCUCGGGCCAAGUUGGCCCAAAAGGAGCUGGAGAAAGCUGAAGGAUGGCAGGCAAUCUGGAAAAUAACGAAAGAAAAGCACACAGCUACAGUCCAGCGCUACCGUGACUCUCAGAAAGAUCUGGAGCAAUUGGCCAGAAUGCACGAAGUACAAGCAGAAGGCCUUCGAGCGUUGAACGUGCCUUCGUCAGAGACGAUCCCGGCCGCAUCGCUGGAUUUGAUGGUGAAGGGAGUUGUUGAUAAAUAUCAAGACAUCCUCGCGGAUGAAAAUCUUGCAACUGAAAAGAGCCCGUCUUAA